AGUCGUUCCACAAAAGCCAUAGACUCUUCCUGAGUGUCCAGUCAUGACCCACUUGACCGGCCUGGUAGUGGACCGUCAUGGAGUCUUCCAUGCGAUGGUGCCGCCGCCGGAGUCCAGGCCGCGCUGGGCGGACUUGGUCGAGUCGGAGGAGGAGAACGACACCGAGGAUCUUCGACCAGCUUUGGACGAUGCUUCCUAUCGCGAGGCUCCGGUGGCCUCGGUCGAGGACUCUCGCUCGGGGCUGAAUGCCAAGUUCGCACGAAGCGCAGUGGCUGGACCUAAGGACUUCUCCUUCCUUUUGCCGCGAGACGAUCAGGUGGCCAACGGUCGCCGGCGCGGCGACACUGAGAAGAGGGGCGCCGGGCUCCAGUGCACCCCAGAGAAGCUGGGGCGGCCGAGCACGGAGGAGCGCAGCCCGCGGAAGGCACCAGGGCCCGGCGCCCGGAAGCGGCGCCCUGCCCUGCCGCAGCAGGCCUUCCCACAGAAGUCCAACAAGAGUCACUUGCGGGAAACCGCCCUCCCCCGUGGUCGGGCGAUCGGGCCCUGUUCGGAGACGGGCUCCAGUGUCCAAUCCGAGGCAGUGGAAGCCACAGAAGAAGAGUGGGAGCAUCGAGAAGUGAUGCGUGGAAAGGCCGUGGCACAAAGUAAGGCAUCUCCAGAGUACCAAAGGUGCCAAGGCCUCGAUCGACUCGAUCGCCCCACGACGCCGAACCACCUGGACCGCUCCAUCAGCAAGCGGCAGUGGAAGUUCCUCCUACGGGACUGGCGAUUCGAGAUCCAGAGAUAUUUGGAGGAACACGAGGUGCACGAGGCGGUUCGCUCGCGCUGUUGAGCUGCUGGCGAUUCUCUGAGCUGCCUGUAGCAUUGGGGUCGCUGCAGGUAGCUCCCCACAGAUGAACUCGGCAGUCCAAUCGCGCGGAGGGUUCCUCUCCGUGCUGGGAACACGUGCGAGCCCGGCUCCAGGCGGAGGGUUGAGGGAUUUGGUCAGUCGGGA